ACUUCAGUGUUCUAUAAAGUAGAUGGCUGCGCUGCCGAAUCAUUCACAGAGACACGCAAAGUCACUCUUCUAAGAUCUAAGCCUACCUCCACAAAUACAAAAUGAGGGAAAUUGUACAUCUCCAGGCCGGCCAGUGCGGAAACCAAAUCGGUGCCAAGUUUUGGGAGGUGAUCAGUGAUGAGCAUGGAAUUGACCCAACUGGAACAUACCAUGGUGACAGUGACCUGCAGCUGGACAGGAUCAAUGUCUACUACAAUGAAGCCACUGGUGGCAAAUAUGUUCCCCGUGCUGUGCUGGUGGAUCUGGAGCCAGGCACCAUGGACUCCGUGAGGUCCGGACCCUUCGGCCAGGUCUUCAGACCAGACAACUUUGUUUUUGGCCAGAGUGGUGCUGGCAACAACUGGGCCAAAGGUCACUACACAGAGGGUGCAGAGCUGGUGGACUCUGUCCUGGAUGUAGUGAGGAAGGAGGCGGAGAGCUGUGACUGCCUGCAGGGCUUCCAGCUCACACACUCUCUUGGCGGUGGCACGGGCUCCGGUAUGGGCACACUGCUCAUCAGCAAAAUCCGUGAAGAAUACCCCGACCGCAUCAUGAACACCUUCAGCGUGGUGCCCUCCCCCAAAGUAUCAGACACAGUAGUCGAGCCCUACAAUGCCACACUAUCAGUCCAUCAGCUAGUAGAAAACACAGACGAGACCUACUGCAUUGACAACGAGGCUCUGUAUGACAUCUGUUUCCGCACCCUCAAACUCACAACCCCGUCAUAUGGUGACCUCAACCACCUUGUCUCUGCCACCAUGAGCGGCGUCACCACCUGCCUCAGGUUCCCUGGACAGCUCAAUGCUGAUCUGAGGAAGCUGGCUGUAAACAUGGUGCCAUUCCCCCGUCUGCACUUCUUCAUGCCAGGCUUCGCUCCCCUCACAAGCAGAGGUAGCCAGCAGUACAGAUCCCUCACCGUUCCAGAGCUCACCCAGCAGAUGUUCGACGCCAAGAACAUGAUGGCUGCCUGCGACCCACGUCACGGCCGCUACCUGACAGUGGCUGCCAUCUUCCGUGGCCGCAUGUCCAUGAAGGAGGUGGACGAGCAGAUGCUGAAUGUGCAGAACAAAAACAGCAGCUACUUCGUCGAAUGGAUCCCCAAUAACGUCAAGACCGCCGUCUGCGACAUUCCUCCCCGUGGCCUCAAGAUGGCCGCCACCUUCAUCGGUAACAGCACAGCCAUCCAGGAGCUGUUCAAGCGCAUCUCUGAGCAGUUCACAGCUAUGUUCAGGCGCAAGGCUUUCCUCCACUGGUACACCGGCGAGGGCAUGGAUGAGAUGGAGUUCACCGAGGCAGAGAGCAACAUGAACGACCUGGUGUCCGAGUACCAGCAGUACCAGGACGCCACCGCCGAGGAGGAGGGAGAGUUUGAGGAGGAAGGCGAGGAGGAGCUUGCCUAAACCUUAAAAGCUGUGCUGUUCCAUGAAAAUGUAACGUUCCAAGUCUUUUCCAGUUUUCAGUGUUCUGUCUGCUGUUCAUGUUAAUAAAAUUUCCUUCUGCA